AUGUUUGAAAAUAAAAAUGCUAAACUAGUUGAGUAUCAGGAAUCAUAUGAGCUGAGUUACUGCAGUAUUGGAGAGGAAGGCUGUGCUGCUCUGAUUUCAGCUCUGAGAUCAAACCCCUCACACUUGAAAGAACUGGAUCUGAGCCGUAAUAAACCAGGAGACUCGGGUGUGAAGCUGCUCUCUGCUCUACUGGAGGAUCCACACUGUAAACUGGAGAAACUACAGCUGUGGGACUGCAGUAUUGGAGAGGAAGGCUGUGCUGCUCUGAUUUCAGCUCUGAGAUCAAAUUCCUCACACCUGAGAGAACUGGAUCUGAGCUGUAAUAAACCAGGAGACACAGGAGUGAAGCUGCUCUCUGCUCUAGUGGAGGAUCCACACUGUAAACUUAAGAAACUUUGGCUGUGUAACUGCAAUAUUGGAGAAGAAGGCUGUGCUGCUCUGAUUUCAGCUCUGAGUUCAAACUCCUCACACCUGAGAGAACUGGAUCUGAGCCUUAAUAAACCAGGAGACUCAAGAGUAAAGCUGCGCUCUGCUCUACUGGAGGUUUCACACAGGGGAGAGCCUACAGAAGUGAAUCCUGGGCUGUUCCUGGACUCACCUACUGACAGUCCAGUCGUCAAUCCUGCUUUUCCCACAUUGAGAGAAAUUAACAUUGACAGUAUUCAGGCCCCAGAGCCCAGAACCAGAGAUGAGUUCCUGCAGUAUGCUUGUGAUUUGACCCUGGAUCCGAACACGGCCCAUCGGCGUCUGGUCUUGUCUGACGAAGACACGGCGGCCACCCUUCAGCAGACCUCUCAGCCGUACCCAGACGUCCCUCAGCGCUUCGACGGCUGGACGCAGGUGCUCUGUCUGCAGCCCCUCUCCUCCGACCGCUGCUACUGGGAGGUGGAGUGGAGGGGGCGUGGUUCCUCUCUGGGUGUAGUCAGCGGGUCCAUGUCCCGCAAAGGGGCGGAUUCGGGGGCGGGGCUCGGGUAUAACGGCCAAUCGUGGAGCUUGGAGCUGUCAGACAUGUGCUGCGCAGCCAUGCACGCCAAUCAGAAGGUGGAGAUCCCUGUGACCUACAGCCCUCGAGUCGGGGUGUUUCUGGACAGGACCGCAGGGACUCUGACUUUCUAUAGCGUGGAUGAUGAGUUGGUUCCUCUCCACACUUUUCAAGGGCUGUUCCCUCCAUCGCUGUACGCCGCAUUCGGGGUGGGCUGUGGGGUCGGCGUGGGGCUGGAUUUUGCCAUGGGACAGUUCAGCUCCGCGUCAGACAGCAUUAAAAUCUGUCCUUUGUGAUCUCACAAAAAACAUGCAGGUCAUAUUUCAUUCCGAAAUCAAAAUGAAAAGAAUCAAGGCUAUUGGAAAGAUCAAAAUUAUCUUUCAUAAAGAUUCAGUACUUCUCCCCUCCAAAUUUAUAUUACUUUAACACCUCUAGUAACUUGUACAAUUGUCUUUUUUUCAUUUCUGCAAUACAACCAUGGUAAUCAUUUUGUCUAGACCUUUUUUUUUUAAUCUGCCAAAAAAAUGAUUAUAUUAUAAAAAAUAAAUGUACCUAAAAAUAUGAAAUUACACCGUAGAUAAAAAAUAUUCUUGUGCCAAAAUUUAGCAUUUUACUUUCAUGGCUUAUAGCUCACUUAAAUAUUUCAUAGUAAUAACAAUGAUAUUCAUACUUGACAUGUUAAAACUUGUUGCUUUAAUUCUAAAGAUGUUUUGAUUUUUAUUGCAAAAUGUAAUUUAUUUUUCUCUUCUAGACUCUUCACAUGAAAUAAUUAUUCAUGUUAAGCAAAAUAACUUGUGCAUGAAGGGAAAUUAUUACUUUGUCAUUAUACUAUAAAAAUUUUGCAAACUUAUGGAAAAAUGAAAUGACAAGAACAUUGAAUUUGAUGGUUUUAUUAUAAAAAAACAAGAUAAUCAUACUAAUACAUGGUUCUGACAGCUAAGCACAGGAAAACACACUAAGGCCGUGGUUACUAUGUCAACAGCACAAAAGAAAUCACCUGGUGCUUGAUGUCACAACUUGUGGCAUCGUCUUCAAGCAUUGACCUUUGACCUCAAUGGCAGCAGAGGGCCUGAUGACAUCAACAGCAGGAUGUAAAUAAGGACACUUUGAUGCAGAAAUCAAAUCAUGCGUUUAAUACCACACACUUCAGCUGGGAUUAGAGAUAAAGCUAGUGAUGUACAGAAGCAGCAAGCAUGCUGGUAUUAUUCUGAAGGAGGUGGUAAUGCGAUUCACUUUACCAAGUUUCGAUUGUAUUCUUGGCAUAGCUGACAAAAGCUUAUUAAAAUGGCAUUCCUGUAACAGUUUCUGGACCAAACUCAUGGUUUUCCCUGUGCUGUCAUCAUGUCAUUUACUAGAAAGCACAAAAGGUCAGUUUACCACAAAAACGAACACGUUUACGUACGGUUUAGCUUAUAAAACGACAAUUCAGGCAAGAAAGACAAAUAAUUUUGGUUUAAACCCAAAAAGGUCUUUGAAACUUGAGUCCCUUCUCAAACUCGACAAAAAAAAAAACAUGAAAUAUAUUAAAAUCUCAUUCCUAGCUGAAUGGUUAGUAAAUAAUAUUCGCUAUCUCUCAGGUUAAGUGUAUUAAGAUAAUCUAGUCUUACCUUACUGUUAGAUAACACGCGUAACGCCUAGUUACUAAAAAACACAAUUCUAG